AUGAGCCGCCCAGGUGCAUGGAAUCGAGUUGCUUCCAAUCUUUGGAAAUAUUUGAAAGGCGAUAUGUCGAAAAAAAAUUACGUUGCCGAAGAUGCUUCUGGAAAUAAGUUCUACGAAAUUGCAAACAGUCGACAAAAUGUUUCGAGAGGAUUCGACCCACCAGCCUCCGGAGCUCACAUCGAACCAGAUUUGGAAUGGCAAGCAUGGUUGAGAGGGACGAGAAGAUUCCCACCAUCCGACACGGAAAUUGCAAUCAAUCGAAUGAAGCAACAGGCCCAACUCGCCCAGGAUUCAAAUACUGAAAAACGAGCUCCUCACGUGCAAUCCGAAGGUAAAGGAGCCGGCGAUCAUCAACCACAAAAAUUCCCCAAAUACAAAGACUUGGAAGUGUCCCCCGGUGUUCAGGAGAAAAAAUAA